AUGAAGGUUGUUACUUCAUCAGAAUAUCUUUAUUCUGUUUAUGAGUCAGUGUUGAAGAGCAAGAAUAUUACAGACAUGCACCCAUACUGUUAUGAUUACUACAAGCCAGAGGCGUUGGCAAAUACUUAUCAAUUGCCAAUGAUUCCAAUGCCAGAUAAGAAAGAUUGGUCUGUUCCGAAAGAAAUUUUAGAAGAAUUCGUCUUGCCACCAAGAUACAAAAGGAUGCCAGGAAGACCAAAGAAAGGAAGAAAAAAGUAUUCUAGUGAGAAGAUAAGAAUGAGCACAAAUUAUUGUAGUCGUUGUGGCCAUGAAGGCCACAACAUAAAGACUUGUAAUUUCAUUCCCAAAGAGAAAUGA